AUGGGGGAGAUGGAGCAGCUGCGGCAGGAAGCGGAACAGCUCAAGAAGCAGAUUGCGGAUGCCAGGAAAGCCUGUGCUGACACUACUCUGGCAGAGCUUGUGUCUGACCUAGAAGUCGUAGGACGAGUCCAGAUGCGGACAAGGCGAACGUUAAGGGGACACCUAGCCAAGAUUUAUGCCAUGCACUGGGCCACUGACUCCAAGCUGCUAGUGAGUGCCUCUCAAGACGGAAAGCUGAUUGUGUGGGACACCUACACCACCAACAAGGUACAUGCCAUCCCUCUGCGCUCCUCCUGGGUCAUGACCUGUGCCUAUGCCCCAUCAGGGAACUUUGUGGCAUGUGGGGGGCUGGACAAUAUGUGCUCUAUCUACAGCCUCAAAUCCCGUGAGGGCAAUGUCAAGGUCAGCCGGGAACUCUCUGCUCACACAGGUUAUCUCUCCUGCUGCCGCUUUCUGGAUGACAACAACAUCGUGACCAGCUCAGGGGACACCACGUGUGCUCUGUGGGAUAUUGAGACUGGGCAGCAGAAGACUGUGUUUGUGGGACACACAGGGGACUGCAUGAGCCUGGCUGUGUCUCCUGACUUCAAACUCUUCGUUUCGGGGGCUUGUGAUGCCAGCGCCAAGCUCUGGGACGUGCGGGAGGGGACCUGCCGGCAGACUUUCACUGGCCACGAGUCGGACAUCAACGCUAUCUGCUUCUUCCCCAAUGGAGAGGCCAUCUGCACAGGCUCGGACGACGCCUCCUGCCGUCUGUUUGACCUGCGGGCAGACCAGGAGCUGACCGCCUAUUCCCAUGAGAGCAUCAUCUGCGGCAUCACAUCUGUGGCCUUCUCCCUCAGUGGCCGCCUGCUCUUCGCAGGCUACGACGACUUCAACUGCAAUGUCUGGGACUCCAUGAAGGGCGAGCGUGUGGGCAUCCUCUCUGGCCACGACAAUAGGGUCAGCUGCCUAGGGGUCACAGCUGAUGGGAUGGCAGUGGCCACUGGCUCCUGGGACAGCUUCCUCAAAAUCUGGAACUGA